AUGCACAAGUCGCAAAAUAUCGAAAAUGAGAUCGUCCUAGUCGAAGAGAUUGUUCGAGAUUUUGAUAAAAAUGAAGUUUUCGAGGAGAUAACCACCAAGUUUACCUGGGAGCAAGACGUUGAGCGAUCAUGGAACCUGCUGGUGGAAAACAACGGAAUUCUGCAGCAUGUGAGUCAAGAAAACGUUGAAGAAAAAUCUAAACAAAAAUAUAAAAGGAAUCAAGUCUGCGCUUUGAGGAAAGGAAUAUUCAGGCACAUCAUCAUCCUGUUUGACAUGUCCGGUAGCAUGAAGGAGAGGGACUUCAAGCCUGACCGGAUAAACGUCGUCCUCGAGUGUGUGGAGAAUUUCCUAAAAAACUUCUUCUUCAAGAACCCGGUGGGGAACGUCGGAGUGGUGGCCCUGAAAAACAGCGCCGCCAAAUUAAUCCAGCCGCUGACGUCCAACAUGGGUGACAUUAUGAACGCACUAGUAAAGGAGAGGAGUACGGGUCUGCAGGGAUCUCCCUCCCUACAGCAGGGACUGGAAAUUGCAUACGACUUGUUGGCAGACAUCCCGCUUUACGGAACGAAAGAAAUUCUAAUCCUGUAUGGAUCGAUAAGAACAUGUGAUAAAAAAAAUAUUCUAAAUAUUGUAAAUCAAAUAGUAAAGAAUAAAAUUCAUGUAAACUGCGUAUCCAUUGCUCCAGAAAUGCAUAUAUUGAAACAUAUCUGUGAGGAGACAAAUGGACUUUACAAAAUAUGCAUGACAAAAAAUACACUCAUGAAUGAGAUGAAUAAUAUUACGGAGACACCCCUGUGGAUGAUUGGAAUGGAACCCCAACUUAUUCAUAUAUGUUUUCCUACAAAGAAAAAAAUUACCACACAGAUUAUGUGCUCCUGUCACAAUCAUUUAAACACCGAUACGUAUAUUUGCAACUUUUGCAACAGUUACACUUGUAAGAUACCAUCCAAGUGUAAGGUCUGUGGGAUGCACUUAAUCUCGAUGCAUGAUUUAUCCCACAUUACGAACAACCUUCAGGGGUCUCCUCCUUUUGUUGAAAUUAAGAAUGAGAAGGAUGGACCCAGAGUGUGCGCUUCGUGCAAUAAUCCGCUCUACGAUAAGGUAUCCCAAUGCUCCAUGUGCAAAAGUAUUUUCUGCCUGGGCUGCGACUUGUACAUUCAUGAAGACUUGAACCAGUGUCCCUUCUGCUUGAUCCUCGAUUCGUGA